CAGUUCCACGCCACGUCUCAACCACGAACGUUGUCUCGAAGCGUUCGUCGUUCUAGUUGCAAUUACUUGUUUAACUCUACAUUCUCUAAUCACAGUCACAUUGUUUUUAUUUCACGGUAGAAAUUUUCACAGCUAUUAAACGAUAGAAAGUAGCACCAAGUAGAAGAAACUGUGUCCUCCAUUAGUGAAAUCGAUUCAACAUGUCCCAUAAAGUUAACUACCCAUUUUCGGUAACGACAUCUCAGUCACGUGUGUGUUUCAAGGUGCCUCAGUUGAUUCUUUCUACAACUUGAGAAACAAAAGCUUCCAACACAGAGUUUCAGUCAACUUACAACAUGAAGCUUGUCAUUGCCUCGGUGUUUGCUUUCCUCAUGGCAGUAUCCUUUGCCAAACCAAUACAUCUGUAUGGAUACGAAGAUGGACCUUAUGACGAAUAUUUCGGUUAUGGCGCGUCUCCGUACUAUGGUUACGAUUUAGCACAUUUCGGCUACGACAGAGAAAUCAGUAGCUACGGCUACUACGUCGGACCUUAUCCUACCAACUACGGUCAUGAAGAAUUCAACGAUGGACAUGAAGGCUCGGCUGAUGGACACGAUAAUAUCAGCGAGUAAUCUUACAUUAUGUGUUACGGUAAUGUUAUACUCCUUGAGCUGAUUAAGUCGAUCCACUGCCAGAUUGUCGUAUUGUUACCGUGAAGGCUAUUUAUUGGCAGGUGUAGUACCUCAGCAAAAUCUUCUGUUUUUGAAGAUCUUAAUAAAUUAUGUGAUUUAAA